AUGGCCAGAGUUGUUAGAUCAACCGCCUUUCGGCGCACCUGCACGCGGAGGGGUGCCGUAGCAGUAGCCGCUGCUGCUUGGGCAGCUUUUGCUGCCUCGUCUCGAUCCCCUGGCGACAGAGCUUUCUUCAGCAUCUUCGGGGGUGCGAUGAAGCCUGCAGGGAAACAGAUUCCACCUGCGGAGGUGGUUGGCGCGGCUUUGCGUUCUGCAGAUGGUCCGAACAAGCAGAGCACAGCGUGGGAGGUUCUGGAUACCACAAGGUUGCCAAAUCAGACGGCCUUGGUCACCGGGGCCAACUCAGGUAUUGGCUACUACACGGCUUUGGCGCUUGCGUAUGGCGGUGCACAAGUCCUGCUGGCCUGUCGAGACCCCAAGCGUGGAGAAGCCGCGAAAAAGGCCAUGGAAGAAGCGCUGCAAGAUGCUGGUCGACCGGCGCCCACCAUAGAAGUGGUCGAGCUGGACUUAUCUUCCCUCAGCUCCGUCCGCAUGUUCACAACGACGUUCCUCAAGGAAGGUCGGCCAUUGCAUCUACUAUGUCUGAAUGCAGGUGUUAUGGCAAUUCCAAAGUUUGAGACAUCCCGAGACGGCUUUGAGAUGCAGUUCGCAACGAACCACCUGGGGCAUUUUGCGCUGACAAGAGCUCUUGCAACGAGGAUCGCAGAGUCUGCUCCUGCAAGAGUGGUUACUUUGGCUUCCGAGGCCCACAGAGCUCCCAAUCAAGCAUACGAUCUCAGUGACUGGCCUCCUAGUGCUGCUAAGUAUGGAGACUGGCGCGCCUAUCAGCAGUCCAAGCUGGCCAACAUCCUGUUUGCUCGUGAGUUCUCAAAGCGCGUCGCUCUCAUACCAGGAGGCGAUCUUGUCAGCUCCAACGCUGUUCAUCCAGGCGUUAUCUCGACUCCCCUGGGAAGACAGCAAGUUUUGAAAGGAAAAGUGCUACUCGGAGUCUUUCAAGAUCGCGACGAGGUUCAAGGGGCCGCUACCAGUGUGUUCUGCUUAACGGCUCCGCAGGUAGAAGGUGUCACAGGGGAAUACUUCCGAGACUGUGCUGCCACAAAGCCUUCCGAGUUCGCCACAGACACCGAAGCUGCACGCAGACUUUGGGAGCUAUCAGAGGAGCUGCUCGUCAAGGAAGGUUUCUUUGUUGGAGCUGGCGAGGAAGGCUGA